AUGCACGAUCUAGGCCAGGAGAGACGCAGUCGAGAGCGACAGCAGCAGAUUAGGUCUGCCUGGCACGGACCCUGGGCUGAGCAGUCCUUGCUGGCUGCAGAGCGACUCUUGGCCAAGGCUUUCCACCUUCAGCGUCCUGAGUGGCUGAAUGAGACUUACUACAAGCGUCACAUCGGCGGUUCACAUGGAGGCCCUGCAAUGACGUAG